AUGUUGGAAGCUAGAUUGUUAGCUGCCGAUCGGGAAUCAGCUACUUGGCAAGGCAAGUCAGCAGCAAAUAACAUACGCCCACCGCCACAUACACCACAUCAUCAUCACAUGUCCGCCAUGAGACCAGUAAAUAAAUCCAACCAAGAAGAUAACUGUUAUGUUGUGGCUAAAUACGACUACGUAGCACAAAGUGCCCAAGAAUUAGAUUUACGAAAAAAUGAUCGCUAUUUAUUAUUGGAUGAUUCAAAACAUUGGUGGAGAGUUCAAAAUGCUCGUGGAUUUUCAGGUUAUGUGCCAAGCAACUAUGUGAAGAAAGAAAAACCUUCUCUCUUUGAUAGCAUAAAGAAAAAAGUGAAAAAAAGUGGGAGUAACUCAAGCACUGGUAGCAAAACAUUACCAUGCAGUAGUCAUGGCAAUGGUCGUACUGUGAGUGAAUCUCCUACAAUGGCCAGACGUUUACCAGCUGAUCCGUCUGAAGCUAUAGGUACAGCUUUAGUGAAGUACAAUUACCAAGCUCAACAACCUGACGAAUUAUCUCUAAUCAAAGGAACAAGAAUACUGAUUCUUGAAAAGAGCAAUGAUGGUUGGUGGAGAGGUCAAAGUGGUUGUAUGGCCGGUUGGUUUCCGAGUAAUUAUACCACUCAAGAAGACGACAAUAAUGGAGAUGACAUGGGCCUCCACACAUAUGCAAUGGCCGAGAAUGUGUUGGACAUUGUUGUUGCCUUAUAUCCAUUCACAGGUACAUCUGAUCAGGAAUUAAGUUUUGAGAAAGGUGACCGCCUGGAAAUUUUGGAAAGACCUGCUGCUGAUCCAGAAUGGUAUAGAGCUAGGAAUGGCCAAGGCCAAAUUGGCUUAGUUCCAAAGAAUUACUUACAGGAACUCAGCGAAUAUUUAGCUCAACCAUUAAUUCAAGCCGCCAGUAGUGUACAAGUUAUUGAUAAACCACAUUUGGUUGGAAAACCAUGGUAUUAUGGAACAAUAACUCGAGCUCAAUGUGAUACAGUAUUGAACAACAAUGGGCAAGAUGGUGACUUCUUAGUCAGAGACAGCGAGACUAAUGUAGGAGAUUAUUCAGUGUCUUUAAAAGCGCCUGGACGUAAUAAACAUUUCCGAGUGCAUGUUGAAGGAGCAUUAUAUUGUAUUGGUCAACGCAAGUUUCACACACUUGAUCAACUUGUAGAUCAUUAUCAAAGAGCUCCGAUAUAUACCAAUAAGCAAGGAGAAAAAUUGUUUUUGGUCAGAGCAUUGCCUCGAGCAAAUGCAUAA